AUGAUCCGAUUGGUCGGAUUUGGCUCUACCUCGUUGAUUCUUGCAAUUUACUUGAAAGGGCUCGAUAUCGAUGAAUCCUUGAUUGGUAUUUUCAUGACCGUCACCUUUUUGGGUGAUUUGAUCUCGUCGUUUUACCUUGCGCUCAUUACGGACAGGGUCGGUAGGCGCAAGAUCUUGAUUUUGUGCUGCUUGUUGAUGGGGAUCACGGGGUUGACGUUUAGCAUUGUCGACAACUAUUACGUUCUUUGCACGGUUGCAUUUUUGGGGAUCUUGACUCCCUCAGGUGGCGAGGUCGGGCCGUUCCGCACGAUUGAACAGAGUGCCAUUGCCAAGUUGUGCGACACGAGCAAGGAUCGUUCGGAUAUUUACUCGUGGUAUACUUUUUUGGGCAUGUUUUGUGGAGCGUUUGGCUCUUUUCUAGCUGGGUUCAUCGUUGAUCUUACGAGAGACGUGUGGCAGUUUAGUGACUUGCAGAGCUUUAGGGCUGUUUUUUGGGUUUACACUGGGUUGGCUGUGCUUAGCACCGUUUUAUGUCUCCUGAUCAGCCCCAAGAUCGAAGUGGAUAAAACGAGACGCGAUGAAUCUGUCCUCGUCGCUGACGAAGCAAGUCCAUUGAUUGCUUCUGAGGUUGCAGCGGAUGGAGCGGAUGAAACGGCCGAGGGAGGGUCAGAGUCGGCCACCACCACAGCCCAAAAAAAGAGCAGGGUUUUCAAUUUCCUUCCUCGUCAUUUAUCUACCCAUACAUACGUCAUCAUCGUCAAGAUUUGUGUUUUAUUUGGUCUUGACUCGUUUGCGUCUUCGCUUACGCCGCUAUCAUGGAUAUCAUACUAUUUGAAACACAAGUUUGAGAUUCCCUCUUCAUUCUUGGGUUCAGUUUUCUUUACAACGGGGAUCAUCAGCGGCAUAACUUCCUUGGCUUCAACGUCAAUGACCAAGAGGUUAGGAGCAGUAGUGACCAUGGCAGGAACCCAUUUGCCAGCGUCAUUCUUGCUCACUUUGAUCCCAUUCCCACUGUCAAUACAAACUACAGUGGCCAUUCUUGUAGUGCGGGCCUCGAUGCAGUCGAUGGAUGUCGCACCCAAACAUGUAUUUUUGGCAACGUUGGUGCCGGACGAAGACCGUACUGCCGUUUUCGGAUUCGUCAAUGUCGUCAAGACCCUAGCUCAGAUCGUGGGACCUAGCAUCGUGGGAGUCUUGACAAAGAACGGGUUGCAAUGGGUUACAUUUGUCGUUGCCGGUUCACUAAAGAUUAUUUACGAUUUCGGAGUCUUGAUCACAUUCAUGACUUAUAAUAGACACAUAGAACAUUGA